AUGCAUUAUGAAUAUUACAGAAUACAAUUACGAACAAUGUUUCUGAUUAGCGACUAUCGAUUUGAGUUUGUCCUCUCUGCCCUUACUGUGGAUGGUUUAUCUUUGUUAUUGUUAUUAAAUACCAAUAAAAGACUUCUACUUAUCAGAGAACAUUAAAUUUUUCCAGUUUCAAGUUUAAUCAUAAAAGUGAAGUGUUUGAAAAGUUAGUGAUCUCGAGCGGCGGGGAGGGGGUUGUUCACAAGGGUGGAUUAUUGGCGAAACUGCAGAACCUAAAUUAAAAAAACAAUAAAACCAACGAAUGAAUGAAUCGGCUGUUGACCUUUCCCACUGUCAAAUGCGGAAAUUGGUUAAUUUUGUAAUUGUUUUCCCAACAAUUAUGAAGAAAACAACUUUCUACGUAUCUAAAUUACGUAAGCAAUAAAUCGGAGUGAUAAAUCUGGAUACGCGCGAGUGUUGUGCGGUGUAAUUUAUUUAUAAGUGGCAAAACUUGUUCUGUGACGCUGUAGGGCGUUGUUGGUGAAUUCCCUCCGGAUUAUACUUUAAAAUGGAUAGUAAAGAAGAAUAUCACGAUCCGGAUUACCCGGGGGCUCCGGCGGUGGUCAAGGAAGAGGUGCCUGAUGUGUCGGAAGAAGAAAAAGUUGAAAAAAUCAAAACAAUUAUUCACCGGGAAUUUUCGAACGAAUUGGAGAUCAGAGAAAACGAAGUGAUGCUUAUUGAACAAAGAAUGUCAACGUCCCGUCGCCUGCUGCAGCGUCUACGCUACGUGCUGGUCAGCAACUACUUCCAGGAACAGAAGCUGCUGCUAUCCAGCAGCCAGAUUGACGACGACGUGGCCACCCAGCACGAGACUAGGAGAGCUGAGGUGUCGUCGCUCCUUCGAGACGGUCAGCGAAGACUGCACCCAUCGGUCAGGAAGUUACUUGGCAAGAAGACUGCUGACCUGACCGAGAUAUUCAAGACCAGGGAACCGAGAAACAAAGCUAGGAAGGAUUAUUCGGCGAUGCUCCAAACUCGCAACUACACGAUAGCUGCCGACGCGACCAAGUCCCUCCGUCCGGAGAAGAAGCAAGAAGAAGAGCCCAGCACCAGCUCGGGAGUCAAGCCUAAGAAGGUGCCGCGGCAGACCGACCCGCGGGCAGAGAAGGUGGUCACCCUGGAAGAGGCCACGAGGAAUAAGAUGAAGCAUCGGUACAGGCUUAUUAUUGGUAACACAUCAAAGUACGCGCCACCCGCGUCCCGCGCGGACCGCUCGACGCACAAGUGGCUACUGUACGUGCGCGGGCCCCCCGACCGGCCGGACCCGUCGCCGGCGCUCGCUAGAGUGGUGGCAACGUUACACCACUCGUACGCGCCGCACCACGUCGUACACGUGAACAAGCCGCCGUUCCACAUCACCCGUCGCGGUUGGGGCGAAUUCCCAGCUCGCGUUGAGCUUCACUUCCGACUGCCGGCCGUCAACAGACCCUUGGCUGUCGAACACACCAUCAAGCUGGAUAGAAACUACACUGGCUUGCAGACGCUGGGUUCAGAGACAGUAGUGGAAGUGUGGUUGUACAGCACUCCAGAGAUGCUGGAAUUUGAAUACGUCGACCCGGUUCCGGAUCCACUGGGCCCACCAGACUCCACCAGCACAGAAGACCACAACCACACCGAGGAGCCAGCACCAGUGAAGAUGGAAAUCGAGCCAGAACCAGUCACAGAAAUCAAGGAAGAAGUCUUCGAUCAAACCGACAGUUGGAUGGAAUUCUUCAGCAAGGACACCACAGAAUUAGACGUAGAUGAAAUGAUAAUAAAACCAGUCAAAAAACCUGAACAAAAACCAGAUAUCGAGUCAGAGAUAUCUGCAAAUAUAAUCAUGGGAGAAGACGAGAGUGACGAUAAAAGUGAAUUCAAUGAAACGGACAGUGAUAUGCCGGACAUACAACAGCCUGUUGGUAAACGGAUAAUGAAGUAUAUCGAUUCCACAACUGGGAAGAUUUAUUACCUAGAAAUGGACAGGAAAUUAGAUCUAAGUAAAGUACAAGAGAUAGUCAUAAAUAAUACAAAAGCAAAAAUAAGUCCGAUCAAAUCAAACGGCUUGAAAAGUUUCAGGAAAAAGAAAGGUGUUUCUUUAUUGAAACCAGAAGUGCAGAAUCAGUUGAAAACCGAAAAUUGUAAAGUUGAUAAUGAGAAGCAAGCGAAUAAUUUGGCACAUAUAGAAAACGAUCAUUGUUACAUAGGGAACAAUUGGUUGAACGUUGAUAAUUCUGUGGAGAACUCCAACUCGGAUUGUGCGGCAAAUAUCAAUGUGAAAGUGAAGAAGGAAAAAUCUCAUUUUGAUACAGUGUGCUCAGCAAUCAAUGGUUUUUCGUGUGUUAAAGUGUGUGUGAACUAUUUGCUAAAGAACAUGCCAAUAGUGACGGACAGAGCUAGGGACCCUGAUUAUGUGAAAAACUUUCCGUUUGUGGUGGAGAACGCGGAUAGGUAUUGGAAGCUGGACUUCGCGAAACGAAGAAAUAUUGAGUGGUCAAGAGCGAAACUAAUAAACAAAAUACUCGCAGAGCAUUACCUCCACACCGAAGACAUUUGGAGAACGAAGCAAAUACUCAUUUACUCCCGCUUGCACGGUUACAAUCCAAUGCGGCAGGAGACGACCCAGAAGCUUCCAGAAACGGACGACUGGUCGUCCUGGAACGAUCUGGAAAAUUCCAGAAAACUCGAAUCCAACAUCAAAGAAAUAUACCCGAACGCCUCAGACAUAUCCAGCUUGAGUUUAUUCAAUAGCGAGGAAUUCCAAAAAUCGUUGUCGGAGACGUUAGAAACAACGGAUUCUGAAGAAGAGAUUGAUAUAGUCAGUAGCGAUGUGACCAAAGUGAAAACAGAAACGGAAGUGUUGCCAGAUACGGAGAACAGUUUGACAGUGUUGCCAGUGGAGAGCGAAGAGGAUCGGUUGAGGUUUAUGUUCAUAGAGAAGAAGUGUGCGGAUAUAGGCAUAGAGCUGAGGAAUGAGGACGUUGGGAACGGAUACUCGUAUAGCGCCGUGCACGCGGUCCUUCUGUCGGCCAUGAAGAGUUUCGCCGAGGAACUGGUCCGCGACGCGAUGGCGGAGCGCUUAGUGAGACACCACGCGCCGCCCGCGCUGCCGUCAGCUUGGACCGGUUGGUCGCGCGCGUGGUCGCUCCAGGCAGCCGAGGUGUGGGCGGGCGCGCGGCGGGGGCGGGCGGGCGCGGGCGGGGCGGCGCUGGGCGCGCGCGCUCCCGGCAGCGAGGCCUUAUGAAUACACGCGC